GGCCGAAGCAGCGAGCUGGCGGCCCGUGGGUUGGUAUACGUAUGUGGUGGGGGGUGUUCCCCGUGAGUGACGUCUCCAAUCUGGCAUCCAUGGUUCGGGGGCAGCCUGACCGGGAAGCGUGGCCAGGCGGCGAGCGGGGCCGAGCAAGAACGGAGGCUACCGAGGGAGGCCGAGCUCGAAAGUCGCUCGAACCCAGUGGCAGUGCCUCAGUGCAUGCACAGCGGCCGGCCGGCGUGCAUUGACGGUGAUAGCGACGUUUCGCUUCCCGGUUUCGUCCUCUCUCUCGGGAGGGAAGGUGUCCCCUUUUUUUUUUUUCUUUCUUUUCAUUUCGUCACAGACGCCACCGUACGAAAACGUGCGCGACAGAGGAAGAACGCGACGAGAGGCGCCCUCGUGCUCGCGGCCACCAGGGGCACCGGGCCUCGGGGCCCGGGGGCCAUCCCGUUGCCCGUGACACGCGGUUAUGGGAGCUCCUAGGCUCGUCCCGGUGCGGAACCAGCUACGAGAUCUGUGCGCGGGCGUUACCCCGUCUCGUUCCUCUCGCUGGCUAGAAAUUCUCGCCCGACCACAGCCAGACCCCGUAACGCCCUUAUAAAAAAAGGUAUCGAGGAUUCUCCGCUCGUCUCCCCUGGACAAAUUCGCACAUGUGACACAACCCGAUGUGACGCCACUCGUAAAACGUGAUUUAUCAGCCCCCACCGCGAAGGAGCUCGAUCGACGAUCUUCUUUUAAUCGUCGGAAGUGCGCCAACGUCCAAAGUGUGAUGCAGUUUUUAUUAGUUGUCGAGUGUCGGACUUCCGUUGCAUCGAUUCUUUGAUUAUUCAUAUACGUAGGAUGUGCGAUCGGAGUGUUUUAACCCUUUGGCGUUAUGACUAUCGAGUAUCGCUGACGAAUUCAGAUCGUACCGCUAGUUUGAUAAGUUUCUUGUGUGUUUUUCUACUCGUUGGUUUAUUUUAUCUAUCGAUGUGUUCGAUCGUCGAGUGAUAAUAUUCUGAAAUUGAUUAAAAAUUUAGCUCUUAUUCGAAGCGAAGAGAUAGCGUAGAGAUCACAUUUUAAAAUUUACGUAGUUUCUGAUUCCGAGGGCUUUAGAAAAUUGGUAAUUAUUCACGGUGCAUUCGAAUCAAGAGAAGCAACUGUUUUCGUCGAAGCUACGAAAGCUUAGGGCGCAGUUGCGCCUGUGUAGCGUCAGGUCUCUCGUUGUUGACGGAAGUGCUCGUGGCACGCUGCUCGAAUCAGAGAUGUACGAAUAUUCAGUAUUAAGUACUAACGACUACAGUAUAGUAAUUAAUUGGUGAUAUUUGUUUCGUUGAGUAGCCAUUCAAACGAAUUUGUUACAAGGGGAGUGUGGAAGGGAAACGUUGGUUCUACAGACUUUGGUGCAAGCUCGAGGUGUAGAAGGAUAGAAAGAAAAAAAAAAAGAAGUCUAUAAAUGAAAGAAAAUGAUAGAUUACAUUGAAAGAAAACGCGUAUAACGCAUUGGUUUUGGAGCAGUUGUUCUUGUUUCAAUUGGAGAACGCUGUUGUAACUUUUCCAGCAAAGGGGUAAAUCACUUUUUAACGUCACAAUCAAUUCUCAUCGGAAUGAGUAUGUUUUUGUACGAAAACAAUGACAAAGUGUCACCUAUUAGAUCGAAUAAAUCGUUCUCCAUUCGUCGCGUCCCUUAGGUUUGUCCCUUAUCGCGAUAAUAUUCAGUCCAUCUCCGGACUUGGUAGAGCACAAUCUCCCAGAUAGCAUGGAAACGAGCUACUAGCAUGGUCCGUUCCUCCUUUUUCUCGUGUAUGUGCUUUGAGGGCGGCUCUUGCCACGCGGUUAUAAUUGCUGCUCCGUAAGCUGAAAAAAAGUCUUGCUUAAAAAUCGAGGUCGCGGGGAACAAAGGCCGCUCUCUUUGUUCCCGCCCGUUUUUAUUUCUCUUCCUAGGCCGAGAUUCUUGGUUCUCCGAUAUCUUAUCGAGGGACAGAGACUAGAAGAGGUGGUGGAAGAAACUGCUUGUUUACCUAACGUAUCGAACGAUGGGAAGACGAUCGACGAUUUGGCUCACGGCGUGAAAGUCGCGUUCGCGGCCAGGUUUUUCACUGGCAUGCGAAGCACGUGUCGAUACAUCGACUGCUAGGAAUAGCUAACCCUCUCUGGGACGCGUGUGCGAUUGCGUUGAUUGCGUCGAGGCACGAUGACCGUUAUCCUUGCUCAAUACUUACAAGGAACGUUACCCAACACGCCGAUUUUAAUGGAACGUGGUAUAGAGGUAGAGCACUGAAAAGUAUUAGACACGUAUUUUUGUAUAUUGGCCGAUAUUCAUAUUUGAGAGGUGAAAACUACUCUUAAAAUUGCGAAUGAUAUCCCUAAAAUACAAAUCCUACAAAUACCACGUUUUUGCGUGAGUUUAUAUGGAGGAACACGCUUAAGGUUGUCGAUGCUGCAUGGAAUGAUUGAGACAGAAAGGGUUGCAGAGUUCGGAGGGUUGCUUUCCCUAGGUCACGAGGGCCUAUGGUUUCUUGUUCAUCCAUGGUGCACCAUGUCGUUACACGCUAUCCAACGGUAUACUUGACGCCAAUCGAUAGUUCUUCGGAGAGACACGAGCUCCUCCUCCUUCUACUCGCCUUCUCCCUAACCUUCGAACCUCUUUUCAGAGAUAGGCGAAAUUUUAUUGGAAUACUAGGAUAUGAAUAGAAUCUCUGAGCAACGAUGUACUCUGUUAUUCGAUCAACUUGAAACGUAAUUAAAUGAUGUAGUCGCAACGUUUGAUGGCGUGCUUAUAAUCCUCUUACCAGAAGACGUUCCUGUGCGAACGUCUUCGAGGUGGAUCCUGUGAGAACCAGACGUCGGAUCGUCUUUUAAACUCGUCAUCAUCAGUGUCAAUUAACCCAUGGUCCUUGUGCUUACUCGCAGGCAUUACGAAGAUUGAUUAUAACCAUCCCGUGUUAUAGGAUACCUUCUAACCUAAGUCAAUCUUCCAUCUUCUCUGUCUCUGCUCGUGGAACCUACUAUGCUAACAAUGACCCCUCGCCAGGUUACGGAUUCUAACCAACUCCAUACCCCACUUGGAGCAUACUAUCGACUGCAAUCAAUGCGUCAUUUCACCCUCGAAGAAGCCAGCUGCAACGCUCAAUACAAUCGAAUACAUUUAUUCCAUUCCUGUUUCAAAAAUCAAACUUUUCCUCCUCUCUGUCUCUUCUCAACUAUGAUUUGCUCGCAUAGAUGACACGCGAUACACGGUGAUUAGCAAAAGACUCAGACCUGAAUCCAUCCCAAAGAUCCUCUCGAUGUGAUCCAGGGAUAGCCAGCUACGGAAAUGGAACACGUGGAGGAUCGUCGUGUGACGUUUCGGUGAAGAGGUGGUUUCGUGUCGAGUACAGGAGUACGGGAUAGUGGGUGGGCCCGAAGAGAGUGCGAGGACAGUGGGAAAAUUAAGAAAACUGGCGUCCCAAACACGUGACGGUGGCUCUCGCGGGACUCGGACCCGACGAAGGACCAAUGGCGGGGGUUCCCUGUCCAGUCGUGGCAGUGCAACUAGCAUGCAGUGCGGUCUUUGCGCAGUCGUCGCAGGACUCUUUCGCAGAGCCAUGUGCAUCGCCGGCAGCAGACGGGACUCCGGGGAAUCCUGCUACCAGGAGCUAGCCACGGACGCCCAGGCGCGACGACUUUCCCAGGUCGCGCCCAUAGAAACUGGCCUGAAGGCGGCUGAGAUUGCCGAACACGUCAAAGAGGCCGUUCAGACCCAGGAGAGGAGGACUGCAGAGAUAACGGUGGACAGUGGGGAACAGAGUGCUGUGUUCGUCCGUAUUUCCGAAGGCGCCACUUUGCCAACCUCGGGCGUGCCAGCGACUCUUACGGAGGUCCACGAUGAACCACCGAGGGAAACUGCGUUCAGGCGUUUAUCCGAGGCGGACCGAAUCCUUUUGGAGAGUUUGGACAUCGGUCGAUCGAGGCACAGGCCCACGGGUCGUUUCCUAACGAUGCACAAGAGACGCCGUAAGAGGCUUACCACGAAAUCCUUAACUCAGGAGCCCGGUAUCCUGGACGAUAUUUUCCAUGGCCUGGUUCAGUGCGCGUUACAAAAGGCCGGAAACUGGCGGUUUAAUGCGUUUACGCUAGAAACAGUGACAGGAGGUCGUUCACUGCCAGUAUUAUGCGUCCACCUCUUUCACUGGUACGGACUUCUGCAGCACUUCAAUCUGGACGUGGUCACAGUGUGGAAAUUGUUCGCGUUCAUCGAGGAGGGUUAUCACAGUACAAAUCCUUACCACAACAGUAUACACGCGACGGAUGUGACUCAGGCGAUGCAUUGCUUCCUCCAAGAGGAAAAAAUUAGGACACACUUAACCAGCCUGGAAAUCAUGGCAUCGCUGAUAGCCGCGGUGACGCACGAUCUGGAUCAUCCAGGCGUCAAUCAACCGUUCCUCGUCGCCACCAGCAAUCACUUGGCCGCUCUCUAUCAAAACAAGUCGGUUCUCGAGAAUCAUCACUGGAGGUCGGCGAUAGGAUGUCUUCUCGAGAGCGGCGUUUCGGAUCAGCUUUCAGCUAGCGUGAGACCAGAACUUCAACGACACAUCAGCUCGCUGAUUCUGGCGACUGACAUCACGCGCCAACAAGAGUUUCUCGUUCGAUUCAAGCACUACUUGGACGAGAACCGUCUGGAAAUGAAGCGCGCGGACGACCGUCAUUUCAUCCUGCAGAUAGCGUUGAAAUGCGCCGAUAUAUCGAACCCGUGCCGACCGUGGGACAUCUCCAGAAAGUGGUCGUACAAGGUAUGCGAGGAAUUCUUCCGUCAAGGCGAUUACGAGCGUCGAUUGAACCUGCCCGUGACGCCGUUGUGCGAUCGUCAUACCACCAGCAUACCGAAGAUACAAGUUGGAUUUAUCAAAUUUGUCGUGACGCCUCUGUACGAGGAGUGGCACCGUUUUCUAGGCGACGGGCUCAGCGUCUCGUUGAUGGAGCAUCUGCGUGCCAAUCAGAAGAAAUGGGAGGCUCUGAACCUCCAAGAAGCUGCCGAAGAAACGGAAACCGAGAUCUCUGAGCUGGAGGAAGUGGAGGACGCCGUCAGCUCGACUGGAGACCCAGUGGGAGACGAGGACACCGCGAGUAUCGACUUGCUGAUACCAGCAGCGUACUGUCAGUCCUCUAAAUUGCAGAGCUUGCCAGCACGAGUCGGCCUCGAACGCGUAGGAAGACGUCAUUCGGUCCCAUUGAGCGUUUCGAAGCCAUUGGUGCUGCUACCGCGCGCUACGAUCCGUCGCGAGAGUCUGCCCAGCGAAAGAAGCAAGUCGAAGAAUCUGUUGCUGAGGCUGGAAGAUCAAAGCCUGCUGGAUCCAAGUUCCUUGUCGUUGCUCUCGUCCAGAAGCAGCAUACACGAGCUGUCGCCGAACGCCAACGGCGGAGAGAGGCCAGUCAGCGCAGAGAGCCUUCUGCCAGAGCCGAGCAUAGCCAGCAUCACCAACAGCGCCGAAGCGUCGAGAUUGAGCUCCGUUCUACAACCAGAUAUUCAAAAGUCAGGCUCCCAGAAGCAGCUGACGAGACAGCAGACCUUCCCACCUCUCCAACCAUACGUUAGAAUGAGAUACUUGUCCACCACCGUGGAAAUGUCGCAAUGUUACUCGCAGAUCUUGAUGGAAGCAGACAGCUCCAGCUCGUCCUCGUCCUCCACCAAGGACAAGUCCUGCUCGGGCGGUCGCUGCGGGACGCCUCCCACAAACGAGGACUCGCAAACGAAACCUGGGAAGACCACGAAGGAGUUCCUCUCGGUGGACGUGGGCGGUAAGAGACGAGCCUCCGCGAUCACAGACCUGUUCAAGUCGAAAUGCGACGCUCUGCCGAGUGAUCAUCGUCGUCACUCGGUGCAAACGAUACGCGUCGACGACACCAGCUUCAAGAACCGUCACAAGAGACCCUCCUCCGCCCAGGGCACCGACUCCACUCAGAGUUUCUACGCUUCUUUGACCGGUCGCGAGAUGGAUUCGAAACCCGAGCAGUCCACGUCUAAAACGAAGCAGGACAAGUCCAACCGCGAAGAUCAACGGACUACAGUGACGUCGUGUAAAUCAGAUCAGUGCAGUUCGACGCAAAUCUCAAAAGGCAAGUGCGUCGAGCCCGAAUUGCGAAGAUACUCAACGCCAGUGCCAGUGCCAGAAAUUAAGACAAUACUGACCGACCCCAGUGGUAGGCGAUUCACCGCGAUACCAGUGCCGUCUGAACUCACAAGUCAUAAAGUGUUCUUCAUCGGUAGCCCGCCUGAUUCACCGCCCCUCAUACAGAGCAUAUCGUCGUCGAGCGACAGCGGUAGCGAGCCGCGGAAAAACAACGGCGAUCACGAGAUCGUGUCCACCGGUAGCAAACGGGACUCCGAUUCCGUAAAGGAGAAAAGCUCCAAGGUUGCCAAGCUAAGCCUGGACGUGCAGAUGAAGGAGAACGUCGAUCCACGCGCUGUUGACGAUCCGAAGGGGAUCGCCUUGUCCAGAAAAGGAAGCCAGUCGUGGGCCAGAAGGCGUGGGUCUGCUCCAGUUGGUCUCCUAUCGAGACUAGACGACAUCACGGUACCACCUAUAACGUCUACUAGAGUCGAUCAUACUUCUAGACGUGGAUCUGUACCAGCUGACAUUACUAGGCAACAAGGUGGAGGCUUCAACCGAUUAGCCUUAGGACCUCGAGAAGGUUUUGUAGCGGCACCUAGGAGAGCGAGUCUUCCACAAGAAACUGCUCUUGGAAAUCUUCUUGGCAAUAUUUUAUCUAUAACCAAUGAACGAGAGAAUCUCCCAAUAAAUAAUAACAACAAUAAUAACAAUACCGGAACUAGCAACAAUAACGGAAUAACAAGAAUAAUUGAUAGCACAGGACCUGGCAUGCCGUCUCCGCGGCGGGGUUCAGUGCCAGCAGACAUAUCUGAAUUACGCCGUGAUAUGUUCAAUAGGAGUAGCAUAAAUGGUAAGCCUCGUAAUCGGAAAAAGGUUUUGAGGAGGAGAAGUUCUGGAGGACCAGAAAUGUUUUCUGGAGGAUCCACAGAUGGAAACGAUAAUGGGACAUGGCUUAAAUGGAAGAGGGAACUAGGAAAAAGGGACUCUAUUCCUGAACCGCUCAUCAAGCGAAGAGGUUCCCUGCCCAUAGAGAUGGUGGCCAUUUCUCAUGCUGGUCGGUACAAUCAUAGAUAGAGGAGGAUGUCGUAAAACAAGCCGGAUCAGGAUCGGGAGCUCGAAGAUCCAGUUUGUGGAGACUUUAGCAUGGAUUGGAAACAAGUGGAUCGCACGUACAACCAGCGGUUGAAUAAUUAGAUCAUCGAAUGCUACCGUACUAACAGUCUUUCCUUACAACUUUAGCAGCAACAGCGAUGAUUGACUUCCACGUUCCAAGAUUGCCAAAAACUGGAACUCCUUUUAUCGACCAUACUCGUGGGCAAGUGAAUUUUGUAAAAUUAAUUGAAAUUUCUACAAUAAUAAUUGCAAUACGAACGGACAGUUGAAGCGAUUUCUUCGUCGGUCGCUUACGAUUUCAUUGCCAUCGUCAUAGUACUAAUGCGUAUAGUAGAAGAAUCUACUUAACGAAGAAAAAAAAAGGGGAGGGGAAACAGAAACUGGCUUAUGUAUACCAUAAUCAUUGGCGCAGAAUACAAAUUUAAGAUUGGCAGAUAGUAACGUUAAAUUUUACGACAGGGUCAACAUAGGGAAGGAGAUGAAAAAUGUGAAUUUUAAAGUCUUCCCUGCAAUUUACACGUUCGCGUGGAAGAAAUGAAAUGUAUACAUAUUAGUUAUGUUCGCUGUACAGGUUAACUAAUUCUAGAAACUGGAACAAGUUGAUCUUUUUUAAACGAAAACAAAAAAUUGACGCAAGAAAAGUUUAAUACCGUGAUGAAGGUUAUAUUUUAAUGAUAUGUUUUCAACGAAACGAAUGCAGAUACGAUGUACACUCGCACUUAUCUUUCAAAUGGACUCGUGCAUUUUUAUGCAAAAAGAAAAAAUAUACAUCACAUACAUUGCGAUAUUUAACUUGUUCCUACAUCAAUUUUUUGUAUCUACGCUUGGAAAAAAGUUACGGCUUAUCUCAGUUUCUAAAAUCAUCCUGUAUGUCCAUUUGUGCCAUACACAGAUGUUGUCGAAAAAUUGACACAGUCAAACACAGGGUUCAAUAUGACGAUUAUAAUAAUUAAAAUGCCUAGGUACGGAGAAGGAGAAAAGACUGGUAGAGAAACUCACCGCUAUAAAACUAGACACUUAAAAAGGCACAUAAAUUGAAUGAAACGAAGUGACAUUUGCUCAUAGCUAGAAAAAUUAUGAUUUGUUAAACAAUUUCGGCAGGAUAAUGUUGUAUCUUCGCUCGAUUAGUUAUUUUUCGCGUCUGUCAUCCUCAUUAAAUAUUAUAUUCGUUUCUGCACUCACCACGAGGGUGAAGUUUUCUUUCUUUUUUUUUUUUUAUUGACAAUGUUACGAAUAAAAUGCAAAAAAAUUAAUUUUAUCGUUAAGUCGGAAAUAAGGAAAUGUAAUAGAUAUGGAAUGUAGCUCUGAUAAAAAUAUACUCGAUAUCAGCAGUAGUUUUCCUUUGAACUGUAAUGAAAAUCAAGAUAGACAUUCCAAUGAAACAGAUAGUGACAAUGCGUAGAACACGAACGAGAGUUAAUAAUAAUAACAUUGUAAUUAUUGCUAUUUAUCAUCAUUCAUUAUAAUAUCAUAAUGAUCAUUAUUGUCAUCAUCGUUGUUGUUAUAGUUAUAAAUGAAAUCUUAAUGACCGUUUAAAUAGUUAAACAUUAUAAACUUAGGCAGUAACAAUACCUGCGUUUAAUUACAAGGUUAAUUAGUUAGUGAAUUGCGUGGAAUUAUAACCAUAAUUGUUUAUAAUGAAAACAAAAGAUGGUUACGAUGUAUGGGUUUACGGUACGUGAACCAAAAUCAAUCAAAAGCUGAAAAAUUCAUUGAUACUAUCUCUUAAAAUAUUAAUUUAGUAAUACAUAUUUAAUUAAUAAACUUUGGUUACACGAAGGACAAUUACUAAACUGCCUAUGCACAAACAUUGUAUACAGAGUGAUUUCGAACAUCGUUCUAUUUUACCGUAAAAUUUCAUUUAUUACAGGGUUACUACGUAAAAACGUUUUAAUAGCCUUUUUAAUUAUUUUUUUAAAAAAGAAGACGAGGAAGGAAGUUGAUAAUGAAUAUCACGUACUGCUACAACCUGUCGUCCCUCUGACUGUCAGAAAGUAAAGAAAUAUUAUUAAGCCAUUGCAGUUCAGUAAUUAUAUAUAACAAGUCUAAGUUUAUAACUAAUCAAAGUAAUAAUUGAUAUCUGUAUCGAUGUAAUAUAGAUAGGUCAUACAUUUCCCAGUCAAAAUGUUGCAAGCUUAGCAAACUUCCCCUGGUAAAGUUUCCAGAUCUUCUCAAUGCAGGAACUAUCAGAGCUUUAUAUGUGUUUCACUCGAUGACCAGAAAAUAAAAGGUGUAACAAGAUCACCUAAAUAGAUUUCAAAUCUUUAAACACGAAACGUGAAAACAAUUCUUCAGUUUUCCUAUUUGUAAUGUGGAAAGGCUCUGCGUAAAUGACUUAUCAUAUAAGUGUAUUAGCAACUAAGUUAGCAUAAAACUACUAGUCUUUCUAAUUCUUAAUAUAAUCUAUCUACAGGAUACGUCACGCAUAUUGGGACCAGUUAUACUUGGAAUUUGAUAAGAGAUAGAAGAUCGUAUAAUUCUUUUUGGAUCUCUUACCAAAUUCGAAAUAUAAUCUGUCUGAAAUUCGUGAUACACCCUCUGUAUGUAUAUGUACGUAUGAACGUGCAUAUACAUAUUCGACAAAGAAAUGCACAGAAAAUACCAAGGAACACAUUGACAAAAGAUAUUCAAAACUUCUAUUUAUUUAUACCUCUUGAGACACCUAACUUUACAGACAGACCAAUAAAAAUGGGACUAAACAAAAUCUCUUUGUAAAAAAUUGACCUAGCUUCUGAAGUAAAUUUGAAUUCAAUAUUAUAAAUGACCACUCUGUCCAACUACUUUUCGAAGAAUUUAUAACACCUAAAUAUACAUGUUCCCCGUUAUGCCUCAUUCCAAUAGAAAGCGAUUAAUGUUCUUCGAAAAUUCUUCUCUUCUGCCAUCCUAUAGAUAUCGUGUGUUUGUAUUACACCGUUUUCUAUGAUUGUACUAUCUUAGGAUGUGCAAAAUUAAUAAACCAAUUCAUUAUUAAUUUAUAAGAAUGAAUGUAAAAGUAGGAUAUUUGAAAUACAAUGCAUCAAGCAGUGUUAACGCUCAUGUGUACGUUCAUUUUUUUAUGGAACAAUGUCGCUCUAUCGAACAAUGUCGCUCUAUUUUUAAGCAGUUACGAUAAUUUCUCUUUUUUUGUAAACACUCAUUCUGCGACUCCAAGAAAGUAUUAUUAAACGAUUAUACAAAAUUGUUCAAUGUUCAGAGGUAUAAGGUUUCUUUUAAACAAUUAUAAUCGUAAAAAUGCAAAGUUAUAUUUAUAUUAAAUAUAAUUCUUGCGAAUUUCUUUACUAUUUUCUUGAACGACGGAUCAUUUGAAAAUCUAAAUUACUAUAUUCGUUACUAAUGUAGUACGUACGCACAUUUGAUACCUUAGAACAAAAAGAUUAUGUAUCAUCUUUCGAUAUUUCCAAAAUUUAAUGAAAGAACGAGUAAACGACGAAUGUAUCUAUGAAAUUAAAAAGGUAAUCGUUGUAUUCAAAAACAUUAGGUCUGGAUAAUUGGAUAUAUCCUUAAAAAAAUAAACAAAGAAAAUAAUCGAAUGCUACAAAAGAAGUUGUUUCGUUAGUUUGACGAUGCCCUUGGUUAAUAGUUUUCUUGUUUGUAAUUGUACAUCGGCAAAAUAAAUUUGUGUGCAAUUCGCAGUAUUGGAAAUGUCAAUUAACAAGUAACAAUUCGUACGUAAUCGGUCCGACGAUAAGAAAAUCGUUAUGUAUUUUCUAUAAUGUUACUGGUAGAUAGCUACUGCGUUAGAUACAAUUAAACGAUGUGUUCUUAUCAUUAUUCAUAAUUAAAUUAUAAUGUUGUUACAAUAAACACGAGGUGCGAAAUAAUACGAUCCGAAUGCCUGCAUGCGUGACAACGAUAAGAAUGCGAGUGUAGUCCAGUCGAUUGUCCUAUUUAUACUGGACUGUAUGGAGAAAAUUAAUAUAUAUGUAUAUGUAUGUCGUGGCUCUACAUGGCCUAUUAUAUUCAUUAGAUCGGAAUUACUAUAGCGAAUAAUUAUAGUACCCAAAUUUUCUAUCAUUUUCAUUCGGUUGCAUCGACUAUUUAUUUCGUGAAUGUACAUGCAACUUUAUCAAUCGUACAACAAAACUCCCAUUAUAAGUUUAGAAUCGAAUGAUACGUGAUGCGAUAUGUAAACCCGUCUUCUUUAUUAAAAAAAAACACACGCAAAUAUA